AACAUUUUAAAAACAGAUGGUUUAACCCGUUUUGUCCCCCGGGACUAAUUAACUUCCUCAAUGAUAUUAAACUAGUUUACACUAGAUCUUCAGGACGUCUGGUGACGACACAGAGAAAGAUUUGAUACGAAGGAUAUAAAAGCCCAAAAUGAGUGCAACCAAACGUCAAACUGAUGGGCAGGGCUCGAGAACCGAAACAGUUGUGUCUGGAAGUCGAGAGAGUACUUCAACGCCAUUGUUCUCAGGAGAGGGACACUCCUUGGUCUCCGAACCUCAAUCACCUAUGGAAGUUGGUGGCGCCACUGGAGGCCAGUCAAGUAUAGAUUGGCAAUUUUAUUUCGACACAUUAGCACCAGAAUUAUCGGAAAAACUAGAUGAAUUGGUAAUCUUGUUGGAGAUUAAAACUGGGAUAUUCAAUAACAUCAAAAAAGAACACCAACAUCAGCAUGAAAUUUGCUUUCACUUGUUAUGGACAUGGCACAAGAACAGCACCAAAUCUGGAAAGAAUGAUAGCGAGAAGCUGAAGAAUUUACAUCAGGCUUUGAAAGACAUUGGGCUACAUAUUCUUACUCAGGAGGAAAUUCCAUCGAGGGGAAAUUAUCAAUUUACCGGAGAAGUUAUCAGCGGCACAACCUCUUUCAAGGAAGAUACUGAAGUACUAAAAGUAGCCAAGAGGACUUUGAGCGUUUCUUUACGACUCGGGAGGUUUUUUGGAUUGAAGGAAGAAGACAUACAACGUGUUGUCAGCAACAACAGGUCAGAUAUCGCCAUACAAGCACGGUACAUUAUCAAGGCUUGUACCAAUAGCGAUCUUCUGCGAACUCGUCAAGACCUCUGCAACGGACUUAACUAUAUACAGGAUACCGAAAUGAUUGAUAAAAUGAACAAAGAUUGGCUUUGUUAAAGGUUGUAUUUCACAAAGAGCACGUUUUGAUUGUUCCUGUUGGACUUGAUGCCCUUGAGCAUGGCAAUAUGAAAAUGUUAUUUUGAUUGCAAGGAAUUAAAACAUACAUAGUUAUAGUUAAAUGCAUCAUUUUUGAAAAGUAACAUGACUAAAGAUCUGUUAUUCAAUAGCACGAAACAAACAAUUAACGAUGAAGUGCAACUGUUGCAUAUGUUUGACAAUUAUAAAGGUAACAAUUUUUUUUUAUUGAUAACGUGAAAAUGUGACAAGGCCAUUUCUUCCCAACUUUUAGAAUAAUAGCGAAGAAGAACUCUUCGUAUUCUUUAUUAUUGUUGAGAUACAUCAUCCUCUAUACUAGACGAUGGUAAUUUCACCUGGGACCAAGGAUAGUUAAAUACAAACAAGAUAAUACAAUUGUAUACAAUUCAGUCAAAAUCGUUAGAGUAAAAGAAAACAUGAAACCAGACAUUCCGGAAUAUCAAGCGUCCUCUGCUUCAGCGACAAUAUGUAACAAAUCAUUCUGGGUAAUGUCGUGCUCACAAACUGAGAAUUGCAGUAAGGACAACAGAGCGAACGGACGCUCAAAACGUCAUACCACACGAAGGAAUACUAAUGAGAUAUUGAUGUUGGUCAUAAACUUUUCCCCCAUUCUUCAAUAUACGAUGAACUAUUUCAUCACUAACAUUUGGCCUUCCUACAGGAGGUAAUGGUGCAAAAGUGAUAAACAAUAAUACAUAAUUGACUAUAUUAUUGAUAACGAAGGGAGAAGAUAAAUGUAUGAUCUUCACAUUGUCCCUAUAUAUCAAGGUUUGACAAUUCUAUGUUUGUGAAUAUGUAUACACUCUUGGUUGUCCCACGCUGGCCAAAAUAAAUAGAUAUUUUGCU